AUGAAUCAUCGCAAAGCCUCCAUUCAACUUGUUUCUCUUAUAGUACUGAUAUCAGGAAUUCUGUACUCCAAAACCAUUCAAUUUGGUUUCUGCCAGACUGACCUUAAUGCCAGUUGCAUUGCAGCUGAGAGGGAGGCACUGCUCAAGUUCAAAGAAGGCCUUACAGACCCUACAGGUCGGCUGUCAUCUUGGGUCGGAGGAAAUUGCUGUAGAUGGAACGGUGUGAGUUGCAACGGCAGAUCUGGUCAUGUUUCCAAGCUCAACCUUCGCAAUACACAUCCAGAUGACUUCGAUGCUGAUGGAACAGUGUACAAAUUGGGUGGUAAGAUCAAUCCAUCCUUGCUUAAUUUGAAAAUGUUGAAUUACUUGGACUUGAGUGGAAAUGACUUUCGAGGUGUCAUUCCGGACUUCGUUGGAUCACUAAGGAAGUUGGUGUACCUCAAUCUUUCUGGUGCAUCUUUCAAAGGAAUGAUACCUCCAAAAGGAAACCUCUCGAAGUUGAGUUAUCUUGAUCUCAGUGAUGCACUCGAUGACUCAACGGAGAGCAAUCUCAGAUGGCUCUCCCGUCUCUCUUCCUUGAAAUAUCUUAAUUUGGGAGGUAUAAAUCUGAUCAAUGCAUCGAGAUAUUGGCUUCAAGCUUUCAACAUGCUACCUUCCCUUGAGGAGCUGCACUUGUAUGAUUGCCAACUUUCCAAUCUCCCCGUCACUCUACCACUCAUCAACUUUACAUCUCUUUUGGUACUUGACCUCUCCAACAAUGGAUUCAGCUCCCCAAUACCACUUUGGUUGUCCAAUUGUACUAACCUUCGCCAUCUUGAUCUCAACACCAACAAUCUCCAAGGUGAACUUCCAAAUGAAUUUGCAAACCUGAAAAAUAUCCGAUACCUUGAUUUGUCUCUGAAUUCAAACAUCAAUGGAAAAUUAACUAGAGAUUUAGGAAACCUCUGUAAUUUGCAGAGCUUGAAGCUCUCUUUUAACAAGAUCAGUGGUGAGAUAACUGAGUUCAUUGAUGGUUUAUCUGGAUGCAACAACAGUAUCUUAGAGACCCUAGAUAUUGGAUACAACAAAUUAAUUGGCAAACUGCCUAGUUCCUUAGGAUAUCUUACGAAGUUGAGAUCCGUUAAACUUUGGUCUAACUCGUUUCAAGGUUCAAUUCCUCCAUCAAUUGGAAAUUUAUCAUUAUUGGAGGACUUCUACGUUGCGAACAAUCAGAUGAGUGGCAUCCCAGAAAGUCUUGGUCAACUCUCAGCCCUAGCUGCUCUAGAUUUCUCAGAAAACUUGUGGGAAGGUGUCAUUACGGAAGCUCAUUUUGUGAACCUCUCAAGUCUAACGGAUUUUCUUCUCUAUAGAUUGUCCAAUAACGUUUCCUUGGUAUUCAAUAUCAGUUCUGAUUGGAUUCCCCCUUUCAAACUCAAGUACAUCAAGAUUAGAUCAUGUCAACUAGGUCCAAAUUUUCCUAGCUGGCUUAGAAAUCAAAACGAGCUGACAACUUUGGUACUCAACCAUGCGGGGAUAACAGGUACCAUACCUGAUUGGUUUCUGCAAUUGAAUCUGCAGUUUAAGGAACUAGAUAUUGGUUCUAAUCAAUUGAGCGGACAGAUACCAAGCUCCUUGCACUUCCUUGACUCAGCUACCGCUGAUUUCAGUUUUAACUCUUUUGAAGGUCCGUUCCCACGCUUAUCAUCUAAUGUGACUAUAUUAUUUUUGAAUAAUAAUCUACUUUCUGGCCCAAUUCCACAGGACAUUGGUGAAGUAAUGUUCCUUGUUGAGGCCAUCUAUAUCUAUGACAACUCUUUUGAUGGUAGUAUUCCACUGUCCAUGGGUAAUUUAACAGAACUACUAACCUUGGAUAUGUCAAACAAUAGUUUGUCUGGGGAGAUUCCUGAAUUUUGGAAUCAUAUUCCUUUCUUGUUGAUUCUAGAUUUGUCAAAUAACAAUCUUUCUGGUAAAAUACCUACAUCAUUAGGUAUUCCUAGUUCACUGAAAUUCUUGAAACUCAGUAACAACAAUCUCACUGGUCAAAUCCCUCCUUCCUUGCAGAACUGUACUCUAAUGCUUAGUAUUGAUCUUGGUGACAAUCAAUUAUCUGGAAACCUUCCAAGUUGGAUUGGAAAAAGCAUGAAAUCAUUGUUGAUCUUGCGCUUGCGAUCCAACUUCUUUGGUGGAAGUAUUCCUUCGGAGAUAUGUGACCUUCCAUAUCUUCAUUUAUUGGACCUUGCAAACAACAGUCUCUCGGGAUCCAUUCCUUCAUGUGUUGGAAAUCUGACUGGAAUGAAGUAUCAACUUAAGGAUAUGAAUACAGAGUUGUAUCAGGGACAGCUGAGUGUGGUGACAAAAGGAAGGGAACUUGAAUAUCAAAGCACUCUUUACCUUGUCAACAGUCUCGAUCUUUCAAGCAAUAAUCUAUCAGGAACGUUGCCAGUUGGGCUUACAAGCCUUGUUGAGCUUGGGACAUUGAACUUGUCUAUGAAUCAUUUGAUGGGGACAAUACCAGAAAAUAUAGGUGAACUGAAACUAUUAGAAACUCUUGACUUAUCGAGAAACAAGCUUUGUGGCCAAAUUCCACCAGGCAUGGUUUCUUUGACAUUUUUGAAUCACUUGAAUUUUUCAUACAAUAAUUUGUCUGGAAAAAUUCCAACGACCAACCAGUUCCAAAGUCUUAAUGAUCCAUCAAUCUAUGAGGGAAAUCCUGCACUUUGUGGGCUUCCAUUAUCAACCAAGUGCGCUGAUGGCAAUGAAACAACUCAUUCCUUUGAUGGAGACAAAGACAACGGAGAUGCUAAGGACAAAGAUGAGAUUGAACUCCUCGGGUUCUUUAUUAGCUUGGUGUUGGGUUUCUUUGUGGGGUUUUGGGGAGUCUGUGGGACUCUGAUCAUCAAGAAAUCAUGGAGGCAGGCUUAUUUUUCUUUUGUUGAUGGAGCCAAGGACAAAUUCCUUGCAUUCUUCCUGGUAAAUGUUCAUUGUCUGCGAAGGAAAAUCUUCAGGAAUUAA